AUGAGUUCUCUACGUUUUCUCGACCUGGUCAAGCCGUUCGUGCCGUUCCUCCCCGAGGUUCAGCAGCCGGAAACCAAGAUUCCCUUCAACCAGAAGUUGAUGUGGACGGCCUUGACGCUCCUCAUCUUCUUGGUCAUGAGCCAGAUGCCGCUGUACGGCAUUGUCUCCUCCGACAACUCGGAUCCCCUAUACUGGCUGCGAAUGGUCAUGGCGAGUAAUCGAGGUACUCUGAUGGAGCUGGGUAUCACCCCCAUCAUCUCCUCUGGCAUGGUUUUCCAGCUCCUUGCGGGCACCCACCUCAUUGACGUCAACCUCGACCUCAAGUCGGAUCGCGAGCUCUACCAGACUGCCCAGAAGCUCUUUGCCUUCAUCCUGUCUGCCGGUACCGCUACCGUCUACGUUUUCACCGGCCUCUACGGAACCCCCUCCGACCUCGGUGCCGGUAUUGUUUUCCUGCUGAUCCUCCAAUUGGUUGUUGCCGGCAUGAUUGUUAUCCUGCUCGACGAGCUCCUGCAAAAGGGCUACGGUCUUGGCAGCGGUAUCUCUCUGUUCAUCGCCACCAACAUUUGCGAGUCCAUCAUGUGGAAGGCUUUCUCUCCUACCACCAUCAACACUGGCCGUGGCCCCGAGUUUGAGGGUGCUGUUAUCGCUCUCUUCCACCUCUUGAUGACCUGGCCCAACAAGCAGCGUGCUCUCCAGGAGGCUUUCUACCGCCAGAACCUCCCCAACAUCAUGAACCUGUUGGCCACCAUCAUGGUCUUUGUUGCCAUCAUCUACCUCCAGGGCUUCCGAGUUGAGAUCCCCGUCAAGUCCAACCGCCAACGUGGUGCCCGCGGCUCAUACCCCGUCCGUCUGUUCUACACAUCCAACAUGCCCAUCAUGCUGCAGUCCGCUCUCUCUUCCAACGUCUUCCUGAUCAGCCAGAUGCUCUUCUCUCGCUUCUCUGAGAACCUGCUGGUCCGCCUCUUUGGUGUCUGGGAAGCCAAGGACGGUACUUCUCAGCUCCACGCCGUCUCCGGUCUCGUCUACUACAUGUCUCCUCCUCUCAACUUCAAGGAGGCUCUUCUCGACCCUAUCCACACCGCCGUCUACAUUGUCUACAUGCUCGGAGCUUGUGCUCUUUUCUCCAAGACUUGGAUUGAGGUCUCCGGCUCCAGCCCCCGUGAUGUUGCCAAGCAGCUCAAGGAUCAGGGCCUUGUGAUGGCCGGACACCGUGACCAGAGCAUGUACAAGGAGCUCAAGCGCAUCAUUCCUACUGCUGCUGCCUUCGGCGGUGCCUGCAUUGGUGCUCUGUCCGUUUUGAGCGACCUCAUGGGCGCCCUUGGCUCUGGUACUGGUACCCUUCUCGCUGUUACCAUCAUCUAUGGCUACUUCGAGAUUGCGGCCAAGGAGGGUGAUCUUGCCGGUAUGAAGGGCAUGAUCAUGGGUUAA